AUGGAAACAUGGUUAAUGAUAACAUUUUUGUGCUUAAUUUUUUCACUAAUUCUCAAAUCUAUAAGAAACCUCUUUCUUCAAUCUCCCCUGCCUCCAGGACCACCAAAAGUACCUAUCAUAGGCACCUUCACAUUGCUACAACAAUAUUUUAAAGAUCCUAAAACCCUUCUUCAAAAUCUUCAUGCCAAAUAUGGUCCAAUCUUCACUCUUCAAAUGGGUUCUCAAACCGACAUUUUCAUCGCCAAUAGGUUUCUUGCACAUCAAGCUUUAAUCCAAAAUAGUACCAUUUUCGCUGAUCGCCCUAAGGCUCUUCCAACAAAGAAGGUAAUUAGCAGCGACCAACAUGACAUCCUUUUUAGCUUCUACGGUCCCAUUUGGCGCCUUUUAAGACGCAAUCUCACUUCAAGAAUCCUUCACCCUUCGCAGGUUAAGUCAUAUGCUCAAGCACGCAAAUGGGUGUUAGACAUUCUUCUACAACGUCUCAAAUAUGAUAUAGAUGAAAGAAACUCCAAGGGGGUUUUCGCCAUUGAUCAUUUUCGAUAUGGUAUGUUUUCCUUGUUGGCUCUCAUGUGUUUUGGUGACAAACUAGAUGAGAAUCAAAUAAGAGAAAUUGAGGAAAGUCAACGCAUUAUGCUUCUUAACUUUUCUAGAUACAAUGUCUUGAAUUUUUGGCCAACAAUUACAAAGAUAUUGUUUAGGAAUCGAUGGAAGGAGUUUUUGAAUCUAAGACGUGAUCAAGAAGCCGUGUUGAUUCCUUAUAUAAACGCUCGAAGAAAAAUAAAAGAAGAGAGAUUAAGAAAAGGUGGAGAGAAUGUCAAUGACUCAAAUGAUGAAUUUGUUUUGUCAUAUGUUGAUACUUUAUUGGAGUUGGAGUUUUUGGAGGAAGAGAAAAAUACCAAACUUGAUGAUGGUAAAAUUUGCACAUUAUGUUCGGAGUUUCUAAAUGCGGGAACAGAUACUACUUCAACUGCAUUGGAAUGGAUCAUGGCGAAUUUGGUGAAGUACCAAGACAUACAAGAAAAGCUUGUAGAAGAGAUUAAAGGGGUGAUUGGUGAUAAUAAAGAAGAGAAGGAAAUUGUAGAAGAAGAUUUGAAAAAAAUGCCAUAUCUUAAAGCUGUAAUUUUGGAAGGGUUAAGGCGUCAUCCACCGCUACACUACGUUGCUCCUCAUAAAGUAACAGAGGAAGUUGUUUUAAAUGGUUAUUCGAUACCUAGUUUUGCGUCUAUAAAUUUUUUGGUGGCUGAGAUAGGGAGAGAUUCUUCGGCUUGGGAUGAUCCUAUGGCAUUUAAGCCGGAGAGGUUUAUGGAUAAUAGUACUUUUGAUAUAAUGGGGAGUAAAGAAAUAAAGAUGAUGCCGUUUGGUGCCGGGAGGAGAAUGUGUCCUGGCUAUGGUUUAGCAUUGUUGCACUUGGAAUAUUUUGUAGCCAAUUUUGUUUGGAAUUUUGAAUGGAAAGCUGUAGAGGAAAAUGAGGUUGAUUUGUCGGAGAAGCUGCAAUUUACAGUAGUCAUGAAGAACCCUUUGAAGGUUAAUCUAAUACCUAGGUUUUAG